CAAAAAGUUUCUGUGGAGCUACGAAAGCGUUCACUCGGUUUGAUUUAUUUUGUUCUAAAUUUCGAUUCAGGUUUCUCUUGCGUUCUGGACGCUCAUCUAAACAGUAGUAGACUUCCCUCGUACUCCGACUAGGGAAGUUUCAGUAUGACUGUAGGGCGAGUAUCCACGAGCCUGACGAGGUAUGCGUCGAGGCUGCCCUGUCUAGUGGUGCUCUCUCUGCUGAGUGGCGCUUUUGCGAAUCUGGCUAGCGGAGAGGACAUUGGUACCAAUGUCGGAAAUUGCCAGGACUCCCUCCAUGCUAUUCACGAGCAUGGAUCCACGUGGAAGGAUUCAUCUAGCGGAUGUCGCCGGUGCCAGUGUAGGCUUGGGACGGUUAGUUGCGUUGAGCUGGACAGGAAUUGUAGCGUCGACCUGUCGGGCUGUGCUGAUGGCGAGCAUGUUGUGCCAGCUGUGGACGCGUGUAGCUGCCCGACCUGCGAAGCUGAUAUUGGCAGCUGUAAGGAUGCGUCAAAUGCGACGUGGAGACACGGUGCAAGCUGGAAUUAUCCCACCCAUGAUGGUUGCCAGAGUUGCUCGUGCAACAGUGGACAGAUAAGGUGCGGUGAAUUGGCGAUCGAUUGCAUUUUCAAUGCACCCUGUACUGCUGGCCAGCGGCGCAUUCCGGCAAAGGACACCUGCCAUUGCUACACUUGUGAAAGAGAGGCUGGACCGUUGGCGGGCUGUGUGGACCCGUUUGGUCAAUUCCAUCGCAGUGGGGAGAACUGGGACGAGACUGUGCAGGGAUGUUUUUCGUGUCGCUGCCACAAUGGAACGAGAACGUGCGUGCAUAGAAUCCGCUCCUGCCCCUCCCUGGAGAACUGUAACAGGGCUUUUCAUAUCCACAUGCCGCUGAACCUGUGUGAAUGUCCAUACUGUUCGGAGGAUAAUCCCAGUGAUCUGAAGUCUUGCAGGAGCCUGAGCGUGUCACGUACAAUCACACGGAGACGUACGCUGAGCAGCGGCAUGAUCAGUGUGUGCUGUGUCAGUGUAGGAACGGGCAAGCACUGUGCACCGACUUACCGCCCGAUUGUGCAGAAGUGUGCGAGCCCGGCUAUCGCUCUGUCAUUGACAGUGAGAAUCCGUGUCAAUGCCGCACCUGCGAGGUCAUUCAGGGUCCUGAGCCGAAUUGCACGGACCACAUGGGAGUAUUGCAUGCUCCAGGCAGCACCUAUAUGCAGGCCAGCCAUACUGCAUUGAAAUGCGAGCGUUGCCAGUGUGUGGAUGGCGUCAAGGAGUGCCGAGAUCAUACGCCCACCUGCGCCGCGCAGUGUGCGGAUGGCGAACACAACGACCUCGACGCACUCGAUCCUUGCGGCUGCCAAGCCUGCUAUCCUACGGCACCUAGUACAAAAACACGUUGCAUAGACUCCGAUCUUCAACCACGCUCAAUCGGCGAAUGGUAUCGGGACACUAGAUCCGGUCAGUGUAUGAUCUGUCACUGCCAGGCAACCUCCGCGGUCUGCAGGCUGAUGCAACCGAGUUGUACAGGCGGGUGCGAAGAGGGAUUCGAGCCAGCCCUUGACGAGAACAAUCCAUGCGAGUGCGUGUGCCGACCGAUUUCAGGAUGUGAUUUCCGGGGGCAGCAGUAUGCCAAUGGUGAUACAUGGACGGUAUCCGCCUACCAUAAUUGUAGCUGCUUGAACGGAACUGUGAUGUGUGAGCUCAGAGCUGUCAAGACCUGCUCCCCGGGGGCAUUACCAUGUCCUACCGAAGCGGUCAUACGCUCCAAGAACGUCUACGAGUGCGAUCGUUGUCCAGCUGACGGAGAGACGUGUCCUCGUCAGAGAGUAAGCUUCUGGUUCAACCGGGGCGUGACAUGCGAGUUCUGUUUCUGCAUCAGCGGUCGUGCCAGGUGCAUUCCCAACCCAUUUGGCUGCUCACCAUGCGGCCCCGACCACCUGGAGUAUCCCCGUGUCGAUUCCUGCUCCUGCCCAUUCUGUGUUCCCAUCUCCAAUGGCGCUUGAUGAUUAUGGUCUAGCUUUGCUCAAGAAUUUCAACACCACUGUCCGAUACAGCGACAAGAUUUAACCUGCAGUACUUGCUCUUCUUACGGCCCCACUUCUUUCUUCUCAUAGAUGUUGCGCUUGCGAUGUUCUGAAUUCGCUUGGCAACUGUAGAUGCCCUUUCAGUGAUUAUCAAUAUCUUCAGUAAUUUCUGCCCUGUCUCAUCCUAGAUUAGUGCCAUGGCUGUGCAAGUUCAGUUGCAAAACAAUUUCGCAAUUACAGUGCACAGUCAUAGUGAUCUAUGGGGAUUGUCCCAUUCUGUGUUAUGUAUGGCACGAGAGAAUCAAUGAGCUCAAACCACGCUCCUGCAUACCGUUCUCCUCUCUUACAGCUCUUUUGGCUGCAGUAUAUCACACUUGUGCUCACCAUGGCAUGUGUCACUUCUGGAGACAGUUCUGGGUAUGAUUAGCAAAAUAGGCAGCAUUUUCUGCCUAAACAAUAUAUAUGUAGGCAGGUUGCCUGCAAACAAUUCAAACAUAAUAAUGAUAAUAUUUUUUUGUCUUUCCCUCAAACUAGUGAAGAAUUAGGGAAUGAGGGUAUGCCACAUUUCUAUGCAGAAUGAGCGCAAUUGCGCCAAUUUCGCCCUAUAAAGAUCAGUCUAUUAUUAUUAAUCUUUCAUUCAACAUCAUUAUGCCUCCACUGAUCAGCUCAGGAGGAGCGAAACAGCUGUCUGGAGGGUCAAUGUCAAUAUCCAUCUAUAUACCAGAA